GCCGGUUAUUACCUCCCCCCUUCCUGGGACUUCCCACUGUUCUUGAGCACAAAUCAGACUCGAGCAAACACAACUCUUUCCAUGGGAUCAGUUAUAAGAAGAAUGGCCAGGCCAUGAGCAGCUUAGUUUCUUGGUCUUACCAGCGGAAGGCUUGCCAACAUUUCUGAAAAAAGCCCUGGCUGGCUCAUUCCUCUCUAUAUGGUCGACUGCUGUUUCUACCGGACCAAAGGAGCAGAUUGGUUAGUGAAGGGCCGACUCAAAGCGAAUGUGAUCUUCCGCGCUGUUGCUUUUCAAAUUGCCCCAUCUGGCUGACCAUGGGCAAGUCUACCUGUUGGUAGGAGAGACUGCAUCCAGAAUGCUGUCAGAAGGGUAUCUCAGUGGACUUGCCUACCAGAAGGACAUCCACUGGAGCUGUUCAUCUUAUAAUGAGCCGGUGGCUGAGGAGAAGGAAGAAGAGACAGAAUCUGUUACUCAUCCCUACUGCUCGGUGGAUGAAACCCAAGUCCGAAGUCUGUAUGUGAGCUGCAAAUCCUCAGACAAAUUUAUUUCUUCAGUGCGUUCAAGAGAGAGCCAACACAGUAGAAAUCCGAGAGCCACAAUGCUGCAGAUGAACCCCAAUCCUGUGUUUGAAAGUCCCAACGUGGCUGCGGUCGAAAUAUGUAGAGACUCCAGCCGAGAGACCUACUUGGUCCCACCUUCCUGCCAAAGUAUUUGCAAGAAUUACAAUGACUUGCAUAUUGCAGGGGACCAGGUGAUGGCUAUUAAUUCAGUGACAACAGAUUUCCCCCCUCAGAGCAGUUUUGAAUACGGCCCUUUGCUGAAAUCAUCUGAGAUUCCUUUGCCCAUGGAGGAUUCCAUUUCCCCUCAACCCAGCUACUUUCCCCAAAAACCUAUCCAGCGGUAUUCAUCCUACUGGAGAAUAACGAGCAUCAAAGAGAAAAGCAGCCUGCAAAUGCAGAAGCCUAUGUCUAACGCAGUGCUGAAUGAAUACCUGGAGCAGAAGGUGGCCGAGUUAUAUAAGCAGUACAUUAUGGACACCGAGUUUCACGACAGUUCUCCCACCCAGAUCCUGGCAUCUGAACUCAUCAUGACAAGUGUGGAUCAAAUUAGUCUCCAAGUGUCUAGAGAGAAGAAUCUGGAGACCUCCAAAGCCAAGGACAUAGUCAUUAACUGUCUAUUACAGCUGGUAUCAAGUGAGAUCAGCACACCUAGUCUCCGUAUUUCUCAGUAUAGCAACAUCAAUCCAUAGAGAGGAUGCCUCUCAACUACUCCAAGCUAGAGCAACAUUUUCUUCAUUGAUUCCGAGAAUGUGCAGGAGUUGGGUGUGAAGCGGAGUCCAAAGCUAGAGAAGUAAAGGUUGGAUGGAGGUCAGGUGUAAAUUCAGAGGAAAUCUUAACUAUUACAUGCGAUGAAGGCGUGUGGAAAGAGGAGCCAUAAAGACUAAUUUCAAAGCUUAUUUGAAGCCACGAAGCAAAAAUAAAACCGACCCAAAAAGAAAAGGUAUGACUUAAAGGACUAUAGAAG